AUGGCUAAUAAAAAUAGGCCUAAAAAGAACCGUGGGGCAUUCUAUAAAAAAUACGUCUAUGGGGAAUCGGCUGAAAAAUAUGUUGAGCAGCUGAAAGUUCAAAGCACUGCUAGUGAAUGGUAUGAUAACUCCAGUGAUCACGCCAAUAGUGAUCUAGAAAAGUCAACAAACAUUAAUAUUACGGGAAAAGCGGAGACUCAAGGAAAAUUAAAAUUGCCAUUGGAAUUGAUUCUGACCAUUCUGAAAUUGACGCCAAAUCCAUACUGUACUAAUCAUCUACUGGUUUGUAGGACGGUUUAUUGGUCCUUUUUGAAAGACAUUUAUGAAAAUCCAAAAUUAAAAGCUAAUAAUCUUCUUGAUUUUUUAGAUAUUAUCAGUGGUGAUAAUGCAGCUUUAGUGAGAAAUCCAGAAGAAAGCGUUAGUAAUGGUAAAAAUGUCAAGUUGCAACUGAAAAGAAAGUUUCAGAAUACUGUCAAAUGUCUGGAUUUAUCGAACGUGAUACAGAGCGGUAAAAACUCAAAUAUGAGUAAACUGUUAAGAAGAACCAGUCCAUCGUUGGAAAUAUUUGUAUCUUCGCAAUCAAGUUUUGGGCCUGCGCCAUUGAUUAGUCUAAGAGGAUGUUCAAAAUUAAAGAUACUUGACCUCAGGUUAGUUAAUGAAACUGUUAAUCUAGUUGAAUUAUUCAAAAGUUGUGAAUGUCUGACCUUAUUGGAGCAACUGAGUUUUCCUCGAAGUUCUGUUGUGUGUGAUGAGUAUGACUUCAACUGGCCACCGAAUCUAUGGUACUUGAGACUGCAAGGGGGUGUUUCAGAUACUUUUGCAAUGAAUGUCAGAUUCCCACACACAAUCACUUGCCUUGAGUUUGCAUAUUGCCCGAACCUCACAAGCAGUGGACUGGAUUACAUAUUAGGGAAUAUUGGGAUAAACCUGAAGCGGUUAUCCAUAACCUACCCGAUGCCAAAAAUUGGUGAUCAAGGGGCAGAUCACGUCUUUUAUUACUGCCCAAAUAUAAGAUCAUUUUGUGUGGAUGUUGCAUAUAUAUCUUGGGAAUUAUUUGGUGAUGAGUACCUUGUAACAUUGGAAGAGUAUGACCGUCCAUUGAAAAAUAUUGUAAUUGAAAGUGUUGGAUACAUGGGCAUGUGUGAUAAAUUGACACCUAAUGAUAUUACAGUUGCAGUUGACGAAGAAAGGUUGCCAUGUUUGAAAACACUGGGAUUGAGUUCAUUAUUAGGGUGGGAUUUCAGAGGUGAAGAUAUGGAAGAUAUGGUUAGUGAGUUACACCACCAUGGAAUUGAGGUCUUUAAGAUUUAA